CAUGAGCGCAUGUGAAGACUGCGGGAAAACUGAGAGAGACGGUGUCACGCUGCACAGAUUUCCUCACGAUGAAGAGCAGCGCCAGAAAUGGAUCUCCAGCAUGCCCACAGGUGCGAGAUGGAGAACUUCAGACUCUGCGCGAUUGUGUUCAGAUCAUUUCACCUCAGACGGUUUCCACACCGCUGGACAUUUACACUCAGGCGCUAUACCCUCUGUCUUUCAGUCUACGUUUCUUCCAGUUCCAGAGGUUAUUUAGUCAUUCUUGGUCAUUUACUGACUUCAAUUCAAUUAUUCUUCAAUUUCGCACCAUCAACACCUGGCUGUGGAUCACAUAUCCCAAUUUAUAAUAAAA